CCCCGCCCCCGCCGCCGCUCCCGCCGCCCCCGACGCCGGCACCGGCCCCGGGCACCGACCCGCCGCCAUGUCGUUCCGGAAGGUGGUGCGGCAGAGCAAAUUCCGGCACGUGUUCGGGCAGCCGGUGAAGACGGACCAGUGCUACGAUGACAUCCGCGUGUCCCGUGUCACCUGGGACAGCACCUUCUGCGCCGUCAACCCCUCCUUCGUGGCCAUCAUCGUGGAGGCCAGCGGCGGCGGCGCCUUCCUGGUGCUCCCCCUGCACAAGACCGGACGCAUUGACAAGUCGUACCCCACGGUGUGCGGCCACACGGGCCCCGUCCUCGACAUCGACUGGUGUCCCCACAACGACCACGUCAUCGCCAGCGGCUCCGAGGAUUGCACCGUCAUGGUGUGGCAGAUCCCGGAGAACGGGCUGAGCCAGCCGCUGACGGAGCCGGUGGUGGUCCUGGAGGGCCACUCGAAGCGCGUUGGCAUCGUCACCUGGCACCCCACCGCCCGCAACGUGCUGCUCAGCGCGGGCUGUGACAACGUGGUGCUGAUCUGGAACGUGGGCACGGCGGAGGAGCUGUACCGGCUGGACGGGCUGCACCCCGACCUCAUCUACAGCGUCAGCUGGAGCCGCGACGGCUCCCGCUUCUGCACCGCCUGCAAGGACAAGAGCGUCCGUGUCAUCGACCCCCGCCGCGGCACCGUGGUGGCCGAGAAGGAGCGGGCGCACGAGGGGGCGCGUCCCAUGCGCGCUAUCUUCCUGGCCGACGGCAAGAUCUUCACCACUGGCUUCAGCCGCAUGAGCGAGCGGCAGCUGGCGCUGUGGGACACGGUGAGCGGCACCCCGGGCUUCCCCCGGCACCAUUCCGGGGACCCCCGCGUGCCUGACACCUCAUCCCACCCCCAGGAGAACCUGGAGGAGCCCAUGGGGCUGCAGGAGCUGGACUCCAGCAACGGGGCUCUGCUGCCCUUCUACGACCCCGACACCAACGUGGUCUACGUCUGCGGCAAGGGGGACUCGAGCAUCCGGUACUUCGAGAUCACGGAGGAGCCGCCCUACAUCCACUUCCUCAACACCUUCACCAGUAAGGAGCCCCAGCGGGGAAUGGGCUGGAUGCCCAAGCGUGGGCUGGACGUCAGCAAGUGCGAGAUCGCCAGGUUCUACAAGCUGCACGAGCGCAAGUGUGAGCCCAUCAUCAUGACCGUGCCAAGGAAGUCGGACCUGUUCCAGGACGACCUGUACCCGGACACGGCCGGCCCCGAGGCGGCCAUGGAGGCGGAGGAGUGGGUGGCGGGGCGCACGGCGGGGCCCGUGCUGGUGUCCCUGCGCCAGGCCUACGUCCCCAGCAAGCAGCGGGACCUCAAGGUGAGCCGGCGGACGCUGCUACACGACAGCCGCGCCACCGCGGCCACCGGGGCCACCACGCCGCCCUCCACGCCGCCCGCGGCCCCUGCGUCCUCUCGCUUCAGUGCCCCCCCGGCGCUCGGCUCCGGCAGCACCGCGGGCGGCCGCCUGGACGAGGUGCUGCAGGAGGUGGCGGCGCUGCGGGCGCUGGUGGCGGAGCAGGGCCAGCGCAUCUCCCGCCUGGAGGAGCAGCUCAGCCGCCUCGAGAACGGCCACGUGUAGGGACCCCCUCAGGGACCACCACCCCAGGGACCACGCCUGCACCCCAGGGACCCCCCUGAACCAUCUCGCCCCCCUGAGGUGCCCCCCCUUGCCCUGCUCCGGGCCCUUCUCCCAUUAGGGGGCUGGCCACCCCUCUGGCAGCUCCCCGCUUCCCCCCCAUUGCCUUACUGGGUGCUGCCCCCCCCACCCAAAUCAUGGACCAUUCUCCACCCCUGCCCUCAUUCCUCGGGCUGGGGAUUGCUCCUGGGAUCAAAGAUUACCCCCUGCACCCCCAAUUCCUGUGUGGGGUCUCCCCCCUUUCUGCGGGGCAGGGCAUGAUCUGCCUUCCUCAACUGUGAGAUAUUGUCCCCCGUAUAUUUUGGGGGCUUUUCCUCCCCUCCUUCUCAUUGUGUCCUCCCUCUCCAUUCCAGUGCAGGGUCAAAAACUAUAUUUUCACUCCAAAUAAAGGAUUUAUAAGAAAAGCGA